AUACUUAUUUAUUUACUCGAGCGGCUUGUCAUUGCACUCUCAUCCUUCACCUUGGAAACACAGACAAACCACCCGAGAGAAAGAAUAGAGGGGUGUGUAUGAGCGGAGAAAUCUCUAGUCUGAAUCUAAAUCCCCCAAUGAUCGUGCAAAAACAAUUGUAAAGAUUUCCAAACGGAGUUUGAUUCUAAAAGUAAAUGGAGAAUUUGCCAGCAGAUUUGUAUCUCAAGAUCUUCUGUUUGUUGGAUCAUCAGAACCUUGCAACUGCUCAACAAGUUUGCAGGAAGUGGAAACUCUUGGCUUCUGACAACAUUUUGUGGUCUAACCUGUUCAAGGAGAGAUGGGGGGGAGAUCGUGCUGCAUUCUUUGCCCCAAGCGACACAAAGUCAUGGAAAGAUGUGUAUGAGGUGCAAGAUCGUUGCGAACGAAUUGGAUUGGGGCUGAAGAUAAUUAGAGAAGGAGAGUACUACUAUGUUGUCCACCAAGGUGAAAUCCAACGCUGUCUGGGUUCGAGGAGACGCAGAGCGGGAAAUGAAACGCACUUGGCUUUGGGUUCAAGAAGAGGCUUUGUCAGGGAAGGAUUGCUCGAGGAAGGGGAACCUUGCGAGGGGAUUUUGGACAGAAUCCUCUUCUUCAUUGGGGAUUUAGAAGUCGCAAUGACGGAUGAAAAACGACGCCAUAUGCUGUAAUUAGUUCUGUAUGUACUUUUUUGUAUUUACGUACAAGGAUAGGAUCUGAAUCUUCUAAUAUGAAGAGGGAAGUAUUAGCCUUCUUCCUUGGGGUGGUAAAACUCUCCUUUUGAAAUGCCUCCCUGAGAAGUCUACCAUCUCGCAUAUGAAUAAUUGUAUUUUUGUUACCUCAUGCUGGAAAUUGUGUCUGAUUAUUGCAACGUGGAUAAUUAUUUCUUUUGUAAUGGAAGAAGCAUCUCUAUUAUUAUUA